AUAGCUUUUUCAGAUUAUCAAAGUGAUACACUUAUUGAGGAAAAGUGAUAUUUACAGAUAAAUAUCAAAAGAAAAAUCAUCCAUUCUCCUAUUUGGUAAAACCAGUGUCAGUAUUUUGUUCUAUAUCCUCUCAAUCUUUUUCUCAUGUGGAUAAUAAAUAAGUAGUAUUUUCAAUUCAAAAUUGGGAUCACCUUGUACCUGUGUUUUGUAAACCACCCAUAUUACUCAGCUGUAAUUAUGACCAUUUUCUACACACUUAAGGAUUUGAAAGGGCAUGACAUUUAAUAGUUGUAUAUUGUACUUUCUAGAUGGAUUUAUUCACUCAGAUCUCUAUUGUUAGACACUGAAUUCUCUUCCUCCUCUUUUUUUCUCUGAGAAAAUGUUUAGUGUACUUUAUGGAUGGUUUACUUUCUCAGAGUGCUAAUACUAGUGUUAGUGUUAGUUAUUUGGAUUUCUCCUCUUCCUCCUCCUCCUUUUUCUUUAAGAAAUGUUGUUUAGCCUAAUCCUCCCUCUGAAAUGCGCAGAGAUGUUUUUGGAACUGAGCUGUGCUCCAUGCAGAUGGAGCCUGUGUAUGUAGCUAUCAUUGUUUCGUUACUGCCUUGAGACUGAAAUUUCCACACGAACAGGAAGGAAGCUGGAGCAUAGAUUAUGAUUUAAUCUGAAUUAAAAAUAGAGGGUUUUUAGCCUUUGGCAAAGUCAGUGAUAUACAUUUCAUCAUCUAAGACCUGGCGUUAGGAGAAUAGAGAAGAAAAUUGCUAUUUUGUGGUUACUGCUUGUCCUGUGAUCCCAGCUAGGAAUGGGCCAUGCAGAUGUGGUAGCCAGUGACUUGGUGUUGAUUUCAGAGUAGGAGCUGCAUCCCCACCGUUGGAUGGCCCGGGAAAGACAUCUAGUCCAGCUGCCUCACUUAUGCGUGAGGAAACCAGAGACUCAAAGAUCGCAAUACAAACCUCCAUGGUACAGAGCCAGGGCAGAAAUGCAAAUCCCCUGCAGGAGAAACUGUUAUGUCAUAACUUGAUUUCUGGCUGGUCCUCUGAGCUCUUUCUGCACACACAGGUGGGCACAUACUCAUUCCUUCCCACACACACGCUAUUGGCACAUUGGUAUCAUGCACUUAAUACAGGUAGCUUAUGUUUAGUGCUUCAUUUCCUAAUCUCUAAGCUCUUUUUCUGCCCUCUUGUAUGAAUCUAUAGCCAAGUAUAAGAAAUAAUGGACUAGAAAUCAGAAACCAUAGUCUCUGAUUCACGGUUCAGGUUUGAGCGUGAUGUUACCUAACCUCUCUGUCUUUUUUCCCAUCUACAAAAUGUUCUAAAGGUAAUGACACAUGUGAGUGAACUGCGAGGCUCUGUGUGAGGGGGAAGGGGCGUGUGUUUUGUUUUGUUUUUUCAGGAUAAUUUUGACAGAGUUAAAGCUCUGGCACAUCAUGGUAAGGCGGAUCUGUUAUAACAGAGGUUGUUCUGGUUAUCUCUCGUUGCGUUACAAAUCACUUCAGAGCCUAGUGGUUUGGAACAACAACAAUCAUGUCUAAUCUCUCAAGGUUUCUGUGAGUCGGGAGUUCAGGAGAGGCUCUUCGAGGUGGGUAUGGUUCAGAGUCUCCCGGUGCUGCAGUCAGACAUGACAGGGCUGGGGUCAUCUCAGAGGCUGCUCUCUCACACAUCUGGUGCCUGAGCUGGAAACUCUCAGACAGCAGGGGCCAGGUCAGCCAGCAUCCCUUCAGCUUCUCUCUGCAUAUCAAUGGGGUCUCACCACAUGGUUUCUCCACAGCACAUCAGUUUCAGGAUAACCAGACGUUUUAAUGGGGUGGCUCAGGGCACAUCCAGACCCAGUUAUUGCAAGGCCCUUCUGUCUUCGUGCUCUGCCACACUGUAGGGCAUUGGUGUCACGUUCAUGGCUCAGGCAAAGAUCCCUGCCACAUCUGGGUCCCCGUGGGAAGGGAGAAGAACGUGGAGGACCAGUGUCUGAUGCUUGAAAAGUGGACCCCCAGAGGGACAUAUAUCUUUUCCACAGAUGUGCACCAGUUGCGUCCUGAAGUGUCAUCAGCUGUAACACAAGCUCCAGAUCCCAAAACCACAGCCAGGCCCUCCCGCUGCUCCCAACAACUGAAAGCCAUGGAGCUUUCCGACAGCGACCGCCCGGUCAGCUUUGGGUCCACGUCGUCCUCGGCCUCCUCCCGGGACAGCCAUGGUUCCUUUGGCAGCAGAAUGACCUUAGUUUCAAACAGCCACUUGGGCUUGUUUCCCCAGGAUAAGGAAGCAGGGGCCAUAAAGCUGGAGCUGAUGCCAGCCAGGCCGUUUUCCAGCAGCGAGCUGCCGAGGGACGGUGCAGCCGCGCAGCAGAACACGGACCAGGGCAGUGAGAGGCAGCCCUGGGCCCAGCACAGAGUGGACACCAACGGGGCGACCAAAACGGGGGCAGAAUCAGCCACCAGCCCCAAGCUGCUCUAUGUGGACAGAGUGGUGCAGGAGAUUCUGGAGACCGAAAGGACUUACGUGCAAGAUUUAAAAAGCAUCGUAGAGGAUUACCUUGAGUGCAUCAGGGACCAAAUGAAACUUCCUCUGGGGGCGGAAGAAAGAUCAGCCCUUUUUGGAAACAUACAGGAUAUCUACCACUUUAAUAGUGAACUUCUGCAAGACUUGGAAAACUGUGAAAAUGAUCCUGUGGCCAUAGCAGAAUGCUUUGUGUCCAAGAGUGAAGAGUUCCACAUUUACACCCAGUAUUGCACUAACUAUCCGAGAUCCGUGGCUGUGCUAACAGAGUGCAUGAGGAACAAGAUGCUGGCCAAAUUCUUCAGGGAACGUCAGGAAACUUUGAAACACUCACUGCCUCUGGGGUCCUAUCUCUUGAAACCAGUUCAGCGGAUUCUCAAGUAUCAUCUCCUUUUGCAUGAAAUAGAAAAUCACCUUGACAAGGACACAGAAGGCUACGAUGUGGUGCUUGAUGCUAUAGACACGAUGCAGCGAGUAGCCUGGCACAUCAACGACAUGAAGCGGAAGCAUGAACACGCCGUCCGGUUACAGGAGAUACAGAGUUUGCUCACCAACUGGAAGGGGCCAGACCUGACCAGCUACGGGGAGCUAGUUCUCGAGGGGACCUUCCGCCUCCAGCGGGCCAAGAAUGAGCGGACGCUCUUCCUCUUUGACAAGCUGCUUCUCAUCACCAAGAAGAGAGACGACACAUUUACGUACAAAGCUCACAUCCUGUGCGGCAACCUCAUGCUGGUGGAAGUGAUCCCAAAGGAGCCCCUCAGCUUCAGCGUCUUCCACUACCAGAACCCCAAGCUGCAGCACACCGUUCAGGCAAAGUCGCAGCAAGACAAACGCCUGUGGGUUCUGCACCUCAAGAGGCUGAUCCUGGAGAAUCACGCGGCGAAGAUUCCAGCUAAGGCCAAGCAAGCAAUACUUGAAAUGGAUGCCGUUCAUUACCCAGGCUUCUGUUACAGUCCUGAGGGAGAGACAAAGGCCUUUUGUGGCUCUAAAGAUGGUUCUGCUUCAUAUCGGCUGAGAAGAAAAUCUGAACCUUCCUCAAGAUCGCAUAAAGUUUUGAAGACCAGCGAAACAGCACAAGACAUCCAAAAGGCUUCCAGAGAGGAAGGGUCUCCCCAGCUGACUUCAGCAGGGCCGUCUCCUGCCCAGAGGAACAGUCAGCCGAGCAGUUCUGCCAUUAUCAGCGUGCUUCGCGGGGGCGGGGCCGUCAGAAGCAUCUGGACGGACCACCAGAUCCGGCAAGCCUUGUUCCCCAGUCGGCGGUCUCCGCAGGAGAAUGAGGAGGACGAAGAUGAUUAUCAGAUGUUCCUGCCAUCCUUCUCCCCUUCAGAUCUGAACUCUGCCCGACUGUGUGAGGACAGCACUUCCAGUCGACCUUGCAGUUGGCACAUGGGACAGGUCGAGUCCUCGGAGACCCCCAGCUCUGGCCACAGGGUUGUGCGGCGGGCCAGCAGUGCUGGCGAGAGCAACACGUGUCCCCCUGACAUGAGAAAUAGGGACAGUGACAGCCCUCAGUACAGCUCCCAAAGGGAACUGCAGGAUGACCCUAAAACAGAGGGGCUGGACGGGAUGACUCCCUUCGGGUCCUCCGUAGAGUUGACCAUUGAUGACAUAGACCAUGUCUAUGAUAACAUAAGUUAUGAGGACUUGAAACUGAUGGUGGCUAAACGGGAAGAAGCUGAAGCCCCUCCCCCCAAAUCAGCCAGGGACUCUGCUCGCCCCAAGAGCACCCCAGAGCUGGCCUUCUCAAAGAGGCCGGCAAGCCCAGAGAAGAGCCCUCUGCACCCCCAGAGAGAUGGUGCCUCCCCAGGCCGGGAGGUGUGGAACCAAAGCUCACGCGAACUCCAGGUGGUGGAGGAGAACGUCUACGACACCAUCGGGCUCCCAGAGGCGCCCUCCCAGGACUUCAAGUGCAGCAGCCUAAAACGUCCCAAGAGGAGCACCUUCCUGGGCCUGGAGGCCGACCUGGGGUGCUGUGACAGUCUGAGGGCCUCUGUUUCCCAGGACAGCCUCCAGUUCAGCGAGGACGAGGCGCCCUACCCCCCGGGACCCUCCGGUAACGAUUAUCUGAGUUUGUUCUAUAACUCCUUCAGCUGCAACUUGUCCAUAGCGGAUCGGUCCAUCUCCGAUAAACUGUCUGAAGAAGUAGAUGAGAUCUGGAAUGACCUGGAAAAUUACAUCAAGAAAAACGAAGUCAAAGCCAGAGACCGGCUCCUGGCGGCGUUUCCCGUUAGCAAAGACGACGUGCAGGAGCGGCCGCUGGCGGGCAGCGCCCCAGAGCUGGGCGCGCGCUCCCCACGUUCCCUGCCCGCGGGCCGGGCCCCCCUCGUGCCGCCCAGAGACAGGCCGGGGCCGGUCUCCUGCACGCUUGACCUAACCCCGGCCUCCAAAGACGGCUCCUGCCUGAGUCUCCACCGGCUGUCGCUGGUCAGUGACCUGCCGCCCGUGGAGAGUCCCUACGACGUGGCCAGCAGCAGCCCGUCCCCUGCAGACCUGAAGAACCCUGACCCCGGCAUGGACACCGCAGACAAGACCAGGAGCAGGGUUUUCCUGAUGGCCAGGCAGUACAGUCAGAAGAUCAAGAAGGCAAAUCAGCUGUUAAAGGUGAAAAGCCCGGAGCUGGAGCAGCCGCCUGGCAGCCACGUGCAGAAGCAGGUUCCCAGGGACCUGGCGGCCAUCCUAGAAGAAAAGAAGCAGGGCGGGCCCGCCAUCGGUGCCAGGAUUGCUGAAUAUUCCCAACUGUAUGACCAGAUCGUAUUCAGAGAAACCCCCUUUAAGACUCAGAAGGAUGGCUGGGCCAGCCCUCAAGACUCCUCCAACCUCAGCUCUGCAUCACCUUCCCACACCCAACACGGUAGCGAGGACUGGCUUUUGCAUUCAACCUAUAGUAAUGGAGAGUUAGCAGAUUUCUGUCCCCGGCCAGAGCAAGACUUGAAGUCAAAAUAUCCCACUUUAGAGAUCAAUACGAAAAGUACCCCAAGACACCUGUCUGCAGCUUGCUCCGUGCCUUCUCUCCAAAUCUCUGAGCCUCUGCUGGGCUCCGUGCAGAGACACAGUGUGGUGGUCAGCCAGCCCAACAAAGAGAACUCCUGUCAGGGCCAUCUUUACAACUCUCUGGGACGGAAGGGAAUCAGUGCUAAAUCUCAGCCUUAUAACAGGUCCCAGUCAUCUUCCUCCAUCCUGAUAAACAAGUCCUCGGACUCCAUCAACUACCCUAGUGAAAUGGGAAAGAAACAGCUGCUGUCUUUACACAGAAGUUCAAGGUGGGAGAGUCACCAGGAUUUGGUGCCAGGUAUCGCUGACUCAGGUCAACAGGGCACUGAAAAACACUCAGAUCUCACACUCCAGGACUCUCAGAAAGUUCUGGUAGUAAAUAGAAAUUUACCUUUAAGUGCCCAAAUAGCUACCCAGAACUAUUUUUCCAAUUUCAAAGAGACUGAAGGAGAUGAAGAUGACUAUGUGGAGAUCAAGUCAGAAGAAGAUGAGCCAAUAAGCAGCAAACUUGGACCAUAUCUGACAUCAUACAAUGAUUCCGACAAACUGAAUGACUAUCUCUGGAAGGGGCCACCUCCCAAUCAGCAAAAUAUUGUCCAGUCUCUAAGGGAAAAAUUCCAGUGUCUUAGUUCAAGCAGCUUUGCCUAAGGUUCUUAAGAGUAGCUGCCUGAAUUAACUUCUUACUGUGCUCAUGAAUUAGAGAUACUGAGAGAUGUUUUGUAUGUACCAGAUUAGAACAGUUUUGUAAUAACCAGAGAUGUAAAGUAUACUUUCUUUAACAGCACAACUUUUUGAAACAGCUGGCGAUCCAGCCAGGAUUGUACUGUAGCAAAUGUUAGCAUCUAACACUGUGUUUUCUGAUGUUGAUGGUCUUCGUGUUUCAUGUAAGUCAAUCUUACUUGAAAAUUUUAGGCUUUUUUUUUUUUUUUUUAAACAUGAUGGCCAUGGUAUUUUUUCCCAUAUCCUGACAGUUAGUGCCCAGACUUUAAGAAAUGCAAUAAUCAUUUCCUAUUAUCCAGAAGCCACAGGUAUAGUAGGACUCAAAGGCAGCAAGGAGGACUUUUCACGUUUUUUAAAAAGAAAGGAAACUAAAGCUGUUUAAAGGAUUAUGCUUACCUCUGACAUUUUUGUUAAAUUUGUGCCAAGACCCUAGAAUAACUUAAACGAGGGAUCUCUAAUUGGAGUAUUGUCUAGGUGCCCAUUUUCGGGUUUCUAUGCUGGCAUUCCUGCAUCUAGUUCAUUAUAAGGCAGAAAAUAUGUAACUAUUGGAAAUUAGAAUGUAUCAUGACCAAUUUUCUGUAAGUAAAAAUCCUUCCCUGUCUUCCUGAACAAGGCCUGGAGAAUGUGCUGCUCGUCACUUAUUUUACAUUUCAUGGGGUUAAAUGAAUGAUUCCCUUAAUGGUUUAAAACCAAGUGCAAGAAAAUGCAAAUUGACUUAUUAGAAAAGAUGGGUUGACAUCUGGGUACAACUUGAUUAUCUCAUUAUAUGACAGUUGGGGAUGGGGAGAAGAUAAAACCCUUCACUACUUUUUGUGCCUGUUUCUAAUCAACACGAAGUAAACCAUAAACUAAAAUAAAGCAAAGCGCUUUAAAGCUACUCUUCCCAGAGCAGUUUUUCAGAUGUCCUUUCAUGAAUUUUAUACUCAGCCAGAUGACCUGGUCCCAGCCUUGAGAAUUUUAUUGACUGUAGUGAAAUUUAUUUUCUAAUCCAGACAUAAAAAGGGGGUCUUGUCUCAUUGUUUGGGGGCAUAUAGAAGAGCAGAAUCUUUGGUUACUAAAUUCUGACUCAUCACAUCUUUUAAGUUGUAAUUAUGGUCUUUAAAUAGUGGUUCAUUGUGAUAUUAUGUACUAAUACAACUCUUUAUGGAAGGAAACAAAAACAAAAGCAAGACCUUGUGAGUAAAACACAAAAUUAAAGAAGCUAAAGAGAAAAAUGAAGGCAGAUUUAUUGCCACUUUAUAAAAAUAUUUUAUUGAAGACUCCAAUCAAUGUAACAAGGAUGUUUUCUCAAACAGUGGCUUUCGCAUUCUCACUUUAAGCCAUUUUACAUUCUGUGGCCUCUUCCCCACCCUCUCAUCUUAAAAGAUAUGAUAAUCUGUGUAGGGAAAGGGGAUCUGGGCUUUUCAUUUAAAGAUAAGCAAUGAUAUUGAUUUGAAUCAGUGACAUCUACCAUAAUUCUUUUUCUCUCUUUAAGUGCUAUGCCUCUUUUUCUUAAAAACAUAAGAUGUGACCAUCCUUAUUUUAUACACAGGUACCUAAGGCAUUCGUUUUCCUUUUUAAGUAACAAAAAAUAACCUAAUUUUCUUCUUUCUCCAUACUGUACUUUCUUCUUGUAGCUUAGAAAACAAAGUCCAUAUUGACGAGCAUUGUUCCGGAACGAUUCCUUCUUUCAUUGCCCUCCUUUAAACAUGGUAUGAGUUUUCAAGAAUAAGCAGUAUCAGAAAAGAGAAGCACCGUAACUGAGUAUAGAUUCUCAGACUUGCUAGAGGUAUUUGUAAGGUCGUUUACAAAACAAAGUUACCUGACUUUUCUUGUCCCGGGAAUGCAGUUUCCCACUUCUCUGCUUUUUGGUUUGUAAGACCCAAAUUCUGUAUUAUCCAUGUUGCUGUGGUGUCUUCCUCUCAGAAAUUAUUAAUUCUCCACACCAAUGUCCUGUUGCACGACUUUGAUGUCACUUAUAGGAACACACCCUGCUGCACGGAGGCUGCUGUCAUACUGUAUAAAAUGUCUGUAUGGUUGUCUUUAGGUUCUAGGACAAAUCUGCAGUUCUAUACAUCCGUUCUGUCAGCCAGGAUACAGAUUUUGAGAUCUGUGUGUAUAUAUAUAAUCAAGUUCGUAUUUUCCCUCAAAGUUAUUCAAUGAGUGCUUUUGUUUAAAAUAGUUUCUUAGGGAGGUGGGGUAGGGAUGUAUAUAAUUGGGGGAAAAGAGUUAUAUGUACUUAAAUGGAUGUCAAGUUCUUACUAGGUCUCUGUACUGAAGGUUCAAUUUUUUUUUUAUAAGUUCACUUUUCACCUACUCUAUUCUUUGUGCAAAAAAACCCCCCAGAAAAACAAACAAACAAAAAACCAUGCAUCUAGGAAAACAUAGUUUAAAUACUGUAUAUAUGAUAAUGAAAGUUAGUAAUGCUCAUUAUUUAAUAAAGUUUGUAAAGUACAAAGUAAAA